CGUGUUUGUGAAAAUUGAGAAAAUAAGUAAUCUUGUAAAUGUAAAGACAUAUGUCUGUUUAAAUCCUCAAGACAUCGUACUCAAAGUUUCUUAGCAUCAAUAAGAUAGAUGCUCAUGACGGAAGAGAAAUAAGUGCAUUGUUAUUUCCAUGGCUGUGAUUAGGUUACAGCCGUAAAGAUGGGAAGUACUUGUCACUAGCAUGUUUAUUUAUUUGCUGUUCGACUAGUUUAUCGUUCUGGAAAGGCAUGGGAUGUUUAUCUAACGUUACAUAUUGGGUAAUAUGUGGCAUUGAGUAUCUCCGAACUUGUCAUCUUCAGUCAACUGGAUAUCAUUUGUCUUCUAAUGUUAGCGAGCUAUCUUCAGUUGCUACAGGACUGACUCUGAAGUGAGCACAAUCAGUUAGCAAGAUUUGGCUAACGUUAAUCGAAGGACACGAAGCAGAUGUUAAGGACGACGCAGAUCGCUUAAGAAACGCAAUAGGUUGUCUUGGACUGAUUUGUUACUUGACUUUGUACUUAUAUAUCUACAUCGACGUGUCUAGUUUGUGCACUGGAAAAUGUAUUGGCUGCAAGGCAGCUAACAUCGGCUAGCAAACGUAAACACUUGUUAGCUGCGCAUAGCUAUCCUGCCUACGAACUUUUCAAUGAAUGGGCAAUCUGGUUGCUUGGCCAAGGCAGCGUAAUGUUUUUGGUCCCAAGAUAAUGCUCAUAAACAGACACCACUGACAAGGCAUCGGCGAGAGCGGAUCAUUGCAUGCAGUGUUUACCACGUCAUGAUGAAGAGAACUUCGUGAAUAACGGUGGGGAAUAUAUAUCGCAAGCUAACAUGGAAUCUGUGGCUAACAACAGUAACCUUAUCGCAGUACUGGUCGAUUGGAUUGCCAGCUAGCUGACAACAGCUAACCUGGCAUCGAAGAACAUCUGGAUCUAAUGGAAAGUCCAACAAUAACUUGAGUGCGGUUUCAUCUUAAACAUCUAAUGCUGUCAACAGAUCUAUCCCCAGGCGUUGUGCAUUAAAUGCGUUGCAAUUUUAAUGCAUCUAAAGGACAUCUUGGUCUUGCCCUGUGCCUCAGGUAACAUUAGCUAACUCUACUCAACCUACUGCGCAGGGGAGUGGUUGUGUGGACUGUUCGGCCCGCAGUUUCCUUGUGAUGAAAUAGGGCCGUAGAAAAAUAACUUUUUAAGGACGACGACUUGGAGUCAUUGGACAUAUGUUUUGGACAAAUUCAAGACAUGUAAGCCACAUCUUAAUCUAGGUACCAUAAACAUGACGUGAACUGCGGUUGUUUCUGGCCAGGCGACUGUUGGACUGAAGACAAAUCAUGGAAUUCUGCGGACGAUAAACAGUUGUCGGAGUUCGUUGUUAAAACUAAUCAUGAGCAAAGACUUGGAAUUGUUUUAUUAGUUUUACCCAUGAACUAAAGCCACAGCAGUGACUUUUAUUGCAGGCAUCGUUAUUGUUAAUGUUAGAUUGACCAGAUCCCAUUAACCUACAUCAUGUCCAUGUACGCCGAAUUUGUACCUCCACCGGAAUGCCCUGUUUUUGAGCCGAGUUGGGAAGAUUUUUCAGAUCCUUUAGGAUUCAUAAAUAAGAUUCGCCCCAUCGCGGAGAAAACUGGGAUUUGCAAAAUUCGACCUCCAGUGGAUUGGCAGCCUCCAUUUGCCUGUGAUGUGAGAAAUUUCCGCUUUACACCUCGUGUCCAAAGGCUCAAUGAACUGGAGGCACUCACCAGGGUAAAGCUCAAUUUUUUGGAUCAGAUUGCAAAGUUUUGGGAGCUACAGGGUUGCAGACUGCGGUUUCCUCAUGUGGAGAAGAAAAUCCUGGACUUGUACUUGCUUAGCAAGAUAGUUUCAGCUGAAGGUGGUUUUGACACGGUGUGUAAGGAGAAGCGAUGGUCCAAGGUGGCCAGUCGAAUGGGCUUUCCUUCAGGGAAGGGGACCGGCUCCCUGCUUCGCUCUCACUUUGAGAAGAUCCUGUAUCCUUAUGAGCUGUUUCAGUCUGGAGCCUCACUCACUGGUAUUCAGAGACUGUAUGAUGAGGGAGAGGAUACUGAGGACCAGGAUGAAGGCAUCGAGGGUGGAGCCGAUGAGGAUGAGGAAGAGGAGGAACGGGAGAAAGAGUGCCGCGACAGGGAGGGCCUGUGUGACCGGCCACAGAACAAGGACCAGCCUGCAACGGAAAGACGCUCCCGUCGUCUCAAAUCAGAGCGAGAAAACAAGGAGCCCAAAAGCCUGCAGAUCUUUGGCAGCAGCCCUAAGAUGGGGGGUUUAGAGAUCGUCUUGGCUGAUGAUGCAUUCCUCAAGAAGCAGCGGCAUCUCAAGGCCCAGGCAUUUGCCAUUAAAAUGCGUCCACGCAAGGAAACGCUGGAGGUGAACUUUAUCGAUCUGUACCUGUGUCUGGUGUGUGGGCGGGGCGAUGAGGAGGAGCGCCUGCUCCUGUGUGACGGCUGCGACGACAGCUACCACACGUUCUGUCUCAUCCCACCCCUGCAGGACGUCCCCAAGGGAGACUGGCGCUGCCCCAAGUGUGUGGCAGAGGAAUGCAGUAAACCAAGGGAGGCCUUUGGCUUCGAGCAAGCUGUGCGGGAGUACACCUUGCAAAGCUUCGGAGAGAUGGCAGACCACUUCAAGUCAGACUACUUUAACAUGCCUGUGCAUAUGGUCCCUACAGAGCUGGUGGAGAAGGAGUUCUGGAGGCUCGUGAGCAGCAUAGAGGAGGAUGUCAUUGUAGAGUACGGAGCUGAUAUCAGCUCCAAGGAUGUGGGCAGUGGCUUCCCAGUCAGGGAUGGCAAGAGGAGACUGUUAGGAGAUGAAGAGGAGUAUGCCAACUCGGGCUGGAACCUUAACAACAUGCCAGUUCUGGAGCAGUCGGUUCUCACGCACAUUAACGUGGACAUCUCUGGUAUGAAGGUGCCCUGGCUGUACGUGGGCAUGUGUUUCUCCUCUUUCUGUUGGCACAUAGAGGACCACUGGAGUUACUCAAUCAACUUUCUGCAUUGGGGUGAGCCCAAGACGUGGUACGGCGUCCCGGCCCACGCAGCGGAGCAGCUGGAGGCGGUCAUGAAGAAGCUGGCUCCAGAGCUCUUCGACUCGCAGCCUGACCUGCUGCACCAGCUCGUCACCAUCAUGAACCCCAACAUCCUCAUGGAGCACGGCGUGCCUGUGUUCCGGACCAAUCAGUGCGCAGGGGAAUUUGUGGUGACCUUCCCAAGGGCAUAUCACAGCGGCUUCAAUCAGGGCUACAACUUCGCUGAGGCGGUCAACUUCUGCACAGCAGACUGGUUGCCUAUGGGGCGUCAGUGUGUGGCCCACUACCGCCGCCUUCACCGCUACUGCGUCUUCUCCCACGAGGAGCUCCUGUGCAAGAUGGCUGCCGACCCGGAUAGUCUGGAUGUGGAGCUGGCAGCGUCCGUGGUCAGGGAGCUGGGCGAGGUGAUUGAGGAGGAGACCAGGCUCAGGCAGGCUGUGCACGACAUGGGGGUGCUGUCCUCUGAGCAGGAGGUGUUUGAGCUGGUCCCAGAUGAUGAGCGGCAGUGCCAUCGGUGCAAGACCACCUGCUUCCUGUCUGCGCUGACCUGCACCUGCAGCCCUGACCGCCUGGUCUGCCUCCACCACACCACUGACCUCUGUGAUUGUCCACUUGACAACAAAUGUCUCCGAUACAGGUACGAUUUGGAGGAACUUCCCUCAAUGCUUUAUGGGGUGAAGUCUAGGGCGCAGUCCUACGACACAUGGGCCAAGAGGGUAACAGAGGCCCUGGCUGCAGAUCACAAGAAUAAGAAAGACCUGAUUGAGCUGAAGGUGAUGCUGGAGGACGCCGAGGACAGGAAGUACCCUGAGAAUAACCUCUUCCGCCAGCUGCGUGAGAUGGUGAAGGAGGCCGAGACGUGCUCCUCAGUGGCACAGUUGCUGCUCAGCCACAAGCAGAGGCACAGGCUGCGUCCUGAGGCGAGCCGCACUCGCAGCAAGCUGACGGUGGAGGAGCUGAAGGCCUUUGUGGAGCAACUGUUCAGGCUGCCCUGUGUGAUCAGCCAGGCUCGCCAAGUCCAGGAGCUGCUGGAGAACGUGGAGGAGUUCCACGAGCGUGCCCAGGAGGCUCUGGCCGACGAGACCCCCGACUCGUCCAAGCUGCAGGCGCUGCUGGACCUGGGCGCGGGGCUGGACGUGGAGCUGCCCGAGCUGCCGCGGCUCAAGCAGGAGCUGCAGCAGGCGCGCUGGCUGGACGAGGUGCGCCUGACGCUGGCCGAGCCGCAGCGCGUCACCCUGGAGCUCAUGAAGAGGCUCAUCGACUCGGGCGUGGGGCUGGCGCCGCACCACGCCGUGGAGAAGGCCAUGGCCGAGCUGCAGGAGAUCCUCACCGUCUCGGAGCGCUGGGAGGACAAGGCGCGCGCAUGCCUUCAGGCCAGACCCCGCCACAGCUUGGUAACCCUGGAGAGCAUCGUCAUGGAGGCCAAGAACAUUCCCGCAUACCUUCCCAAUGUGUUAGCACUUAGGGAUGCUCUACAGAAAGCCAAAGAGUGGACCUGCAAAGUAGAGGCCAUACAGAAUGGUAGUAACUACGCCUACCUGGAGCAGCUGGAGAGUCUGCUGGGGAGGGGCCGCUCCAUCCCCGUGCGCCUGGACCCCCUGCCGCAGGUGGAGUCUCAGGUGGGUUCAGCCAGGGGGUGGAGGGAGAGGACGGCCCGCACCUUCCUCAAGAAGAACUCCACCUACACCUUGCUGCAGGUGCUCAGCCCGCGAGUGGACAUCGGCGUGUACGGGAACAGCAAGAGCAAGCGCAAGCGGGCCAAGGAGCUGCUGGAGAAGGACCGCGGGCUGGAGCUGGAGGGCCUGAGCGACCUGGACGAGUCCCUGGAGGAGAUCCGCGACCCGGCCGCCGUGGUGGCCGCCUUCAAGGCCAAGGAGCACAAGGAGGUGGAGGCCAUGCACGCGCUCCGCGCCGCCAACCUGGCCAAGAUGGCCAUGGCCGAGCGCAUCGAGGAGGUCAAGUUCUGCCUGUGCCGGCGCACGGCCAGCGGCGUCAUGCUGCAGUGCGAGCUGUGCAAGGACUGGUUCCACGGCGCCUGCGUGCCCCUGCCCAAGACCAGCUCGCAGAAGAAGCUGAGCGCCGGCUGGCAGAGCAGCAGCAAGGAGUCCAAGUUCCUGUGCCCGCUGUGCCAGCGCUCGCGCCGCCCGCGCCUGGAGACCAUCCUCUCGCUGCUGGUGUCCCUGCAGAAGCUGCCCGUGCGGCUGCCCGAGGGCGAGGCCCUGCAGUGCCUGACGGAGAGGGCCAUGAGCUGGCAGGACCGCGCGCGCCAGUCGCUGGCCACCGACGAGCUGUCGUCCGCCCUGGCCAAGCUGUCGGUCCUCAGCCAGCGCAUGGUGGAGCAGGCGGCCCGCGAGAAGACCGAGAAGAUCAUCAACGCAGAGCUGCAGAAGGCCGCUGCCAACCCUGACCUGCAGGGUCACAUUCAGACAUUCCAGCAGGCAGGCUUCAGCAGGGCGACCUCACCGAGGCCGUCUGUGGACUACGACGACGAGGAGACCGAUUCAGAUGAAGACAUCCGGGAAACCUAUGGUUAUGACAUUAAGGACCCGGGGGAGGUGAAGCCCUACCUGUUCUGUGACGAGGAGAUCCCUGUGAAGUCUGAGGAGGUGGUCAGUCACAUGUGGCCUGCAACGCCCUCCUUCUGCGCUGAGCACGCCUACUCCUCAGCCUCCAAGUCAUGCGCCCAGAGUGCAGCCACCCCGCGCAAGCAGCCCAGGAAGACCCCACUGGUGCCGCGCAGCCUGGAGCCCCCGGUGCUGGAGCUGUCGCCGGCGGCCAAGGCCCAGCUGGAGGAGCUGAUGAUGGUGGGGGAUCUGCUGGAGGUGUCCCUGGACGAGACCCAGCACAUCUGGCGCAUCCUGCAGGCCACGCACCCGCCCUCGGAGGAGCGCUUCCUGCAGGUCAUGGAGCCGGAGGACGCCAUGAUGGAGAAGCCAGUGAAGCUGAAGCUGAAGGACUCGGAGAAGAAGCGCAAGAGGAAGCUGGAGCGUGCGGAGCAGCACCUCCUCCUGAGCGCGGGCGGGGUGGAGGGCCGAGCCAAGGCCAAGGAGCUCAAGCGGAGCGCCGACGGCCUGGGCAAGCCCAAGAAGAAGAAGCUCAAGCUGAACAUGGACAAAGCCCGCGAGCUGAAGCUGCUGGCCAAGCGGCUGGCCAAGGAGGAGAAGGAGAGGAAGAGGAAGGAGAAGGCCGCCGCCAAGGCCGAGGCCGUCAAGGAGGGUCUGGAGAAGAAGAGGGAGAAGAAGAUCUUGGACAUUCCCUCCAAAUACGACUGGUCGGGAGCAGAGGACUCCAAUGACGAGAAUGCUGUGUGUGCAGCCAAGAACUGCCAGCGGCCCUGCAAAGAUAAGGUGGACUGGGUUCAGUGCGACGGCGGCUGUGAUGAGUGGUUCCACCAGGUGUGCGUGGGCGUCACCUGCGAGAUGGCGGAGAACGAGGACUACAUCUGCAUGGCCUGCCAGCGCAAGGCCGCCGGCCCCAGCGGAGCCGGCCAGGUGCUGAAGGUGGCCAUGGAGACGGUGGUGAUCUCGGCGCCCAUGUGCGCCGGCCCCGGCCCCAGCCCGGUCCCCCUCCUGUCCCUGUCCCAGCCCGCGCCCGCGCCCCAGCCCGCGCCCGCGCCCGAGGAGAGCAGCUAGUGCGGAAGAGCGUCCAGCCGGAGGAGGACUCGCGCGGAAAAGCCCCGCACGCCCUGCCACCACAGAGCGCGCCCAGGCCAGACUGUACGCCUGACGGACCCGGCCCACGCGGCUCCCGCUCAGGCCUCUCCCCGAGGGUGGCGGGCGUUGGUGAUGGGGGAAGACGUGCUGACCGGAGGAGGAGUGACCGAGGGGGAGGUGGGACCAGCAGGCCAAGUGAAGAGUCAGGGCUCCCAACCUUCGGAUCAGAUGUCUGAAUGAACACUUGCACAUGGAUGGCACUCAGACGCCAUGGGGAGGUUGGGUGGACAGAUAGCGGGCCAAACGGUCAGGGUGUCCAAUUUUCUCUCUUCGACUAACUCUUGUGAAUUGUUCCGUUUGUCCUUCAUGUCCUGUUUUGGGGUUUUGUUGUAAAUAUUGUCUGUCCACUCAGACUAAACGGCCCCCUCCAUGUGUUUGCCUGAGCUGAACUUCCCCCCCCCCCGCAUCCAACAAUAAAUAGCAUCAGAAUGGAGAUGGAACAUCUGAACUUUUUGUAGGAGUCCAGUGAUGGUCCUCUCCGUAACCCACCACCUGUACCCACAGACACACGCCCCCGCCGCCGCUGUGCGAAGGAAGUAGUACAAUGCGCUGCGCUCGUCUGCUUCUGCCCAGCGGCCAUCAUGAACCAUACUGCACGACUGCCACUCAACAAGCUCACCCGUCUGCCCUGGCCAGACCCAGUGUGUAGGACUAGGAACAGCAACACUUGUAUGUAGUGAAGGUAUUUAUAAUGUAAAUAGGUUUUAAGGAAUUAAUGAUUGGAUGUGGCUGUUUUCUCACCUUUAUUAAAACAUUCUUAGCCAGAUGAAA